UGAAUGAGUAGGUGUUCUAAACUUCUAACUUUUGACCGGUAGUGUACAUCUAUCUUUUAAUUCUUAUAAUAAACCGUCCGGGUACAGUGUGAUCAUUAUUCAUUUCCAAGCGACAUGGCAUUGUACAGUUAGUUAUGUGACACGAAUCAAAUUCUCUGAAGUGCUCUUGGUUGUGUUCACCAAAUAUAAUGUAUCACUUACAUAGAUUUAUUUACACUCUCAAAUAACAUGUAGUAGAAUAUAAAGUAUCACCACCAAAACUCAAAUCAAGUUACUAUGUGUGGAAGGUCACACAUAAUAAGAAUGGUGAGGACAGAAGGUCUAUUUUGGUGAGCCACUCACAUGAGGUCCAGAAUCUAUAUAGUAACCCACUUUUCAUCCCUCCAGCCUCACAAAGACAACUAGUAACGUUACAGUAGCUUUUCUUCACCUGAAAGGAGACACAGAGAACCGCAACCAUGUCUGAAGCGCCGCCAAAACCAAAGUCGAAGAUCUCUGCAUCUCGCAGACUCUUCUUGAAGACCAAGCUGGUGAAGAAGGCCAUGGCUAUGUUGAUGGCUGAAAAGGAGCAGAAGGUGAUUGACAGAGAAAGCACACUGAGUGAACGAGUCCCAGGACUCAACCUCUCUGGGCUGUCUGUACAGGACCUGCAGACUCUUUGUAAAGAACUGCACCAGAAAAUUGAUGUUGUUGAUGAAGAGCGGUACGACAUCGCAAUGAAAGUCUCCAAAAGUGACGCAGAGAUUGAAAAUCUGACCAUGAAGAUCAUUGAGCUGAAGGGCAAGAAGCGACCUCAGCUGAAGAGGGUGAGAGUAUCAGCUGAAGCCAUGAUGGGGGCCCUGCUGGGAGCCAAGAUCAAAGAGUCUGUCGACUUCAAGGCCAACCUCAAGACUGUCAAGAAGGAAGAGGAGAAGAAAGAGGAAGUGACUGAUUGGCGUAAGAAUGUGGAUGCCAUGUCUGGCAUGGAGGGCAGAAAGAAGAUGUUCGCUGCUUCCUAAUAGCCACGGGUGGAACGAUGACAUCAUUAUGACUUCUCAGUGUUUUAACUUACAUUAUGACAGUCAAGGAACCGAGUUAGUUUGCAUGGUUUUACAUAGCUACAGAGUCUCUUGCGUUGUUAUGUGUACAUAUGUUUUGUGUGUGCACGCAAAUCACAUUUAUAUCAUAUGAUAAUUAUAGUCACUCAAUGGAAAAUAAUGUUUUAUCUUUAUGGAA